UGUAGGAAUCAUGAGUUCAACCUCUAGGCUUGUAAAAGAUGAGCAGGUUGAAAAAGAUCAAGUCCAACAACGGAACCAGCAGCCAGAAUGGCUUCAGGCCUUCUUAGAAAGAACUUUCUUUGAUACUUGCGUAGCUCAUCCUAUCCGUAGGAAUGAGUUAAACAAAUAUUGUAUCAAUUGCAAUGCAUCAGCUUGCCAGUAUUGUAUGUCUUCAGGUGCUCAUCGCCAUCACAGAGUACUAAAAAUCUAUAGACAUGUUUAUAAGGAUGUUGUCUCGCUUGGUUCCAUGGAAAAGUACAUUGAUUGUUCUCAAAUUCAGGUAUGUUGAAUCCUAUCCCUCUACAAAUAUUCAAUCAAUUACAUGGAAAAUGGAUAGGACCCGGCUGAAUCUAAAUCCUCAUCAUUGUCCCAAUAGGUUAGACGAGACAUGUCAUGACAAUGAAUCUUUGAUAGAUAAACGAAUCUCCAUUCGAGAAA